UGGAAGGAAAUUCAUCCCGUCUGGCCAACAUCUCUGCUCUCCUGGAAGUCUUCCACCAUGAGACAGUCAUUCAUGUCGAUCAUCUUUGCUGCAGCUCUCCUGUUCAAGUACGAUGCACUGUCUGCGGGGUUGGCCAUGGACAAAGCUGAAGGUGGAUCCCUGGAGCAGGAAGCGUUCAACUCUCUGCUGAGUGAUGAGGCGACAGAAAGCAGCCUCAGCGACGUGGACCUGGGCGCCAUGAUCAAAGCUCGGGUGCCCAGGGUGAUCGUUGUAGCCGCUGACCCCAGCAUUUGGAGGGACCUGCGAGUGCUGCAGAACGGACUGUCCAUCUACAAACGGAGAGUUGAUGAUAGCAACCAGGGGAUGGAGCACAGAGAGGGCGGACAACAGCUGAACAUCCCCAUCCUGAGGAGGGACACCAUGAGGUGCAUGGUGGGACGGGUGUACCGGCCUUGUUGGGACGUCUAGGACAGUUGGUCGUUCUCCUCAAGACUACCAAACAGAAGACAGGAAAAUCCAUUCCUGCAGCCUGAUGACUUCUGAUCCAGUCCAUGUAAACUCAAAAAGCAGAAUGUCAAUAAAUAUAACUGAACUCUG